AUGUCCAGCGGCGGAACCCUUCCCCAAGAUAUCAUCAAAGACAUAGUCUCUCGACUACCUGUCAAAUCUCUUCACCGCUUCAAGUGUACAUCUCCCUCGUGGAAAUCCCAAAUUUCCGACUCCCAAUUCGCCAAAACCAACCACAAUCGAACCAAGAUCAAAAACUCUAAAUAUGCUGAACAGAAAAUUAUUAUCAUUUCGGGCUGUGGCAAUCUCUACUCGAUGGAUCCCAACGACGUAAAUCCGACCUCCACAAAACUUGAGUUUCCUACGAUGGAACAACACGACACCAAGAAGUGGGUCCAGGUUUUGAGUUCUUGCGAAGAGGGCGUAAUUGAUGACUUUGCGAUCGUGGCUGUCUAUUCACUAAAAACUAAUGCUUGGAGGAGAGUUGAAGAUUUCCAGUCUCGGUGUGUUGAGGGAAACUCUGGUGGGGUUUUCUUAAAUGGAUGUCUCCAUUACCUUUGUUGUGAUGCACGACAUUUUUCCAAAAGGAUUAUUGCUUUCGAUUUAUCGGAUGAGGUUUUCAGAGAAGUGCCGCGGCUGGCUUGUUUGGAUGGUUCCACAAAUCACGCGCAUGCAUACUAUAGGUUGGAGAUUCUCGGGGAUUGUCUCUAUUUGAACUUUGAUACGUAUGGAAUCAGAUUACGUAAGAGGAAGAAGGAGGGAUUUAGGCAUAUUCCCAUGUUUGUUGUUCGUAGAGCUGUAUAUUAG